AUGGCAAACAGCACGGAACUUCGGUCCAUUAUCUCAGAGCUUCACAAUGCUCUCAACCGGAAGCAGCUCGAUGCCGCCAACAACCUCCUCAGCCGCGCAAAGCGAACCCUUCUCCUUCAGAAUGCCCUCAUUCCCACAUCUACCACGUCGCCCGAGCUUAUUGCUCUAGCCCGUGAAGUCCUCGAACUGGGAGCCCUUGCCUCUAUCAGACAAACCGACGCCCAAGGCUUCACACGAUACUAUCAGCAGCUGCAGCCUUUCUACGACCUUGAGAGGGACAGCACAACUUCGUCAAAGAUCGACACGAGGACGAGUCAGCGCAGCAAGAUCACAGGGCUGUACCUGAUGCUCCUGUUGAGCAUGGGUGACAGCACUACGUUCCACACCGUUUUGGAGGGUCUGGUCGAGGAGGCGAGUCUGCAGGGCAAGCGCGUGGAGGAUGACCCGUUUAUCAAAUAUCCUGUUGAUCUGGAGAGGAGCUUGAUGGAAGGAAGUUACGACAAGGUGUGGAAGGAGACCAACUCGGAGAGAGUGCCUUCGGAGGACUUUGCUCUAUUUUCUAACGUUCUUGUCGGUACCAUCCGCAGUGAGAUCGCUGACUGUUCUGAGAAGGCGUACCCUUCACUCCCCAUUUCCAACGCCAAGAACCUUCUCUUCCUCGACUCCGAGGGCGCAGUCAUCGAGUUUGCGCAGCAGCGGGGAUGGGUUCUCCGUGACGGACGGAUAUACUUCCCAGUUGAACCCGAGGCCGCGGCACGGUCCGAGAAGGAUAUUCUGGUAGCAAGCAGCACAGUCAUCGAGAACACGAUAGGCUAUGCUCGCGAAUUGGAGACGAUCGUCUAA